CACCUACUCCUUUUUUUAGUUUCCCACUCUCUCUCUAACACAAAGGAAGAGAAUGCCAGAGGGCUCACAAGCUUUGCAGAGAGACAAAUAGGCAUAUAGCUCUGUUUUUGCUCUGUUCUUUGCUCUGCUUUCUGGGUUUUUGGGCUUUGAAUUUUUUUUUUUUUUUGGGUUCUUCUUCGGGUGAUGGAGAAGCACAAGUGUAAGCUAUGCUCGAGGAGCUUCUCCAAUGGCAGAGCUUUGGGGGGUCACAUGAGGUCUCACAUGAUGAAUCUUCCAAUUCCUGAAAAACCAGAAGAAUCACCACCAGAACCGACACCACAGACACCACACGACCAGCUAAGUGAAACAGAGUCUGCUUCGUCGUCAUCGUCUUCUGAGGAUGAAGAAGAAAAGGGUGUCUUCUAUGAGCUGAGAGAGAACCCAAAGAGAAGCAUUCGGUUGGUAGAUCCUGAGUUUUCCUUUGCUGUGGAUGCUGGGUCUGUCGUGCUUCAAGACAGAGAGAGCGAGACCGAGUCAUCCAAGAACCCGACUCGGCGACGAUCCAAGCGGACUCGGAAUUUGGAGCAAAAGUUCCUCUUUCACCAUCAUCAUCUUCAUCAUCAUCAGCAGCAGCUGAAAGUUCAAGAGCAAGAAGAGCCUGAACCGGUGAGUUCGAUCUCCGACACAACCACAGAGGAAGAUGUGGCCUUUUGCCUCAUGAUGCUCUCAAGGGACCAAUGGAAGAAGAAACAAGAACAAGACUACGAGGAGGAAGAACGAGAACAAGAACAAGAAGACCAAGAAGACCAAGAAGAUGAAGCAGAGAGAUCCUUGGAGCUCAGCGAAGAGUCCGAGGAACAGCUUAAGUUGUCCAAGGCUCGCGCGCGAGGGAAGUACAAGUGCGAGACAUGCAACAAAACGUUUCGAUCUUAUCAAGCACUAGGUGGCCACAGAGCGAGCCACAAGAAGAUCAAGCUUGCGAAUUCCGGUCCUGCUUACGAGCCAGAAUUUGAGCAAGAGAAAAAGAUUCAUGAAUGCCCGGUUUGUUUCAGAGUGUUCGCGUCUGGACAAGCACUUGGUGGGCAUAAGAGAACCCAUGUAACUGGCUCGGCACAUCGACCACCUUCUGCUAAAAUCUCAGCCAAGCUUGGUGAAGCCUUGAUAGAUCUUAAUCUCCCAGCUCCAAUGGAUGACGAUGACAUCAGCCAAAUCGAGCUCUCUGCUGUUUCUGAUGCAGAAUUUGUGAACCCCAUUAGACAAUGAACUUAAUUCAGCAUUGAAUUUUCCUGCACAAAUUGGUUGACUCCAAAGUUCAUGAAGAAGAACAUGCCAACUUCCAGCCCCUACCUGCCACUGUUCUACACAAAUCUUUUUCUUUCUUUUCUCUCUCAUCAUUUUUUGUUCUCUUUCUAUCUCAGACUUUUUCAAGCUUCACUUACAGGUCUGCAUAAUCAG